AAAUGAACUCAUGUGUUGACAGAAUAACUUCAGAAGACCAGCACCAUGAUGACUGCACGUGAAAUAAUCAAGAAGAAACCGCCCAAAGACAGUCUGACGCUGCUACCCUGCUUCUAUUUUGUAGAGCUACCCAUUGUGGCAUCCUCCAUGGUUUCACUGUACUUCCUGGAACUGACGGAUGUGCUCCAGCCGGCGCAGGUGGGAUUCCGCUGUCAUGACCGUUCACUCAGCAUGCCGUACGUUGACAGCGGUGAUGAGCUCAUCCCUCUGCUCAUGCUCCUGAGUUUGGCGUUCGCCGGUCCUGCUGCCUCUAUCAUGAUAGGUGAAGGUCUACUGUAUUGUAUGCAGUCUAAACUGAAGGUCCGUCCAGGGAUUGAGGGAAGCAUAAAUGCUGGUGGAUGUAAUUUUAACUCUUUCCUGCGGAGAACUGUUCGUUUUGUUGGGGUUCAUGUGUUCGGUCUUUGUGCAACAGCACUGGUUACUGAUGUCAUCCAGCUGGCCACUGGCUACCACACACCAUUCUUUCUCACAGUGUGCAAACCCAAUUAUACCGUCCCAGGUGUGUCCUGUGACAAGAACCCUUACAUCACCAAAGACAUUUGCUCUGGCCAGGAUCAGCAUGCUAUUCUGUCUGCCAGGAAAACCUUCCCUUCCCAGCAUGCAACCCUCUCUUCCUUUGCUGCUGUUUAUAUUUCAAUGUACUUCAACUCAACAAUCUCUGAUAGCACCAAGCUGCUUAAACCCGUUCUAGUGUUUGCCUUUGCCAUUGUGGCUGCGUUGACGGGACUCACUCAGAUCACCCAGUACCGCAGUCACCCUAUCGAUGUUUACGUUGGGUUCUGUAUUGGUGCUGGUAUUGCCGCAUACCUGGCUUUCCACGCUGUUGCCAACUUCAAAUCUCCAGAGGACACUGUCAUCCCACAACCCCCUCCUCUGCAGAAGGAUGCUUUGAGGGCUCUGGCCCAAAGAGGCCACGACUCGGUCUAUAACAAAAGCCACGCCUCUGAGAGCAAUGAGGAAAUAACAUCACCAGCAUGUCUAGAUGGGCUGAACCGGCCUGUACAGCGGGAGAAAACCUCGUUGGGAAGCUUAAAGAGAGCCAGUGUCAAUGUGGAGUUACUGGCACCUCGCAGCUCAAUGGGUAAGGAGACAAUGGUAACCUUCAGCAACACAUUACCUCGUGCUACUCCAGAGGAGCCAACGAGGCGUCUGGUGACAGUACCUGUUCCAGUACCACUGGACCCAAUGCGGUCACAGCAAUUAGUGUCUGAAUGGAAGCAAAAGUCAAUGGAGAUGCGAGGCGGCAGCUUGCCCGAUGAGGACACUAGCGAGCAGGGCUCAGAUGGUGGCAACGACACAACCACAGAGGAGGAUAGCGUCCACUCUUCAGUCUAUUCGUCUGUUCAACAAUCAACCAAACCUGCUAACCCACCUGCAGGUGCAAGAGUGGUGAUGCCCCCUCGUCCCCCAGCACAGCCCUCGGUCCCCCCGCCUGUGUCCCCUAAAAGCGCCAGCACUCGGGCCAAAUGGUUGUCCAUCACAGAAAAAAGUUGUGCUAAUAUCCCAGUUCUUAAGGCAGGAAAUCAGCCUCGGAUCAUGCAGGUCAUUGCCAUGUCAAAGCAACAGGGACUCCUGUCUGGAUCAGCCAAAUCCUCAGAGACUUCAUCCUCUUCUGGUACCUCAUCCAUCACAGGUACAGAAUCAUCACCUAAUCGUUCAGAACGUGAUAGCGGUUCAGGCAUCAUCACAGUUGAUGCCCAUGCACCCCACCUCCCUGUACUUCGUAUGACCUCCAACCCCAACAACCCCUGGGAGUGGAGAGGAUCUUCUGAUGGAAACACGGCCGUGUCGUACGAGCUUAAAAACCUCAACCGUGAGGGUUCCUGCAGUUACCGUCACAUCAGAAGCAUCUCUCCUUGUUCCUCCGUCAGUGAGACUGACCACAGGCCACCCCAGCCUCCUCAACCUCCCCAGCCACCACUUCCCCCUCAACUCCCACCGGUGGGUCAAACCACAGAGGGUCGCAGUCUGCGCCGAAAGACCCCUCUAGUUCUUCUGGAUAGAGAGGGCAAUCUGAACCACACUGAACAGGUCAACUACUACAAAAAGCUACAAAGUAGCAGGCAUUUCAAAGAGUGACAAUGUGUUGACUUAUAUUUGAGCACAACUACACUUUUUGGUCUUUGGGUUUUCAUUUCUUGAUUUGAUUCCAUGAGCAAUAUCUGAAUAACUGGAUCCACUACACAUUGAGUCAGAAGAGCGUUUGAAAGAUGUUGCUUCUGACAACUUAAGAGCACAGUGGUUUUUGUCCUCUGAGGGCAAACCAAACUACAUUAUCAAAAUUCCCAUAAUUUGUAUUGUGUUUAUAUAAUAUCCAUAUAAUCAAAUUCCAACAAUGCCGAUUGUAAAAUGCGGUUUGGGUUUAUUUUUAUUGCUGUUCUUUUUUGUUCAUACUUAAACGUGUGACUGAGAUGUCAGUUUGAAUUUAUGUGUAUGUGUGUUUACGCACGAUUGUUUAGUGUAUUUUGUAGUGAUACAAUAAUGUUAGGAAAUAUUUGAUUGCCUUGUAGCUCUCAUGGUGAAAACCGAUUUAAAUUAUUUUGUUGGCUCUUUAUGAAUGAUAAUUGUUCUGAAAAAGGGUAGCGUCCUUCAUUCUACAUCUGACUAUAAUUGUUUAUAAACUGUUCUGGACAUUCUGCAAGUCUACUGAAGACUCCCUGUGUAAAAUGGUGGAAAUAUGGAAGCACUUUGAAUAAGCACUGUGUGUAAACAAGUGAGGUGAACUCAAAUGUCUGUGAGAUAUUCCAAAGGAAUAUUAGACUGUCCUGGACACUUUAAGAAAAUGUUCUCAUAAUUCAUCAUGUACCUUAUAGUGGAACAUCAGCUGGACAACAGGUCCAUUGAAAUAUUUACUGCA